AGAUUGUGUUGCAUUUAGAGCCUGGAUUCAGAUUUACUCUGUUUCGACCAUGGCGAGUAAAAUAGCAUCAAAAGCUCCGUUGCUUUUGGCUGCCGGUGGUGCUUAUGUUGCAGCCUGUUACAUUGGCUACUCUUCCAUAAGCAAAAACAAGGCUGAUUACGACCAAACACUCCAGGCGGUGGAAGGAGGGAAAUUUUCAUUCGUCGAAAAUCCCAAGAGAAAUGAGCAGUAUCAAAAUGUCGCACACAAAUACGAUGACGAGAUAGGGAAAGAGGAAUCUGUCAUGGGGAUCGAGUUAUUGCGUAGGGCGCUUCUGUAUUUCCAUGCGGAGGGGACGGUCCUGGAGUUGGCUGCGGGUACUGGCAGAAACAUAAAAUAUUAUCCAUCUUCUUGCGAUCGCGUUCUAAUGAUAGACUCAUCCGAGAAUAUGAUUGCAAAAGCAAGACAAAAAAUAUCGGAAGUUUCGAAUGAAAAAACAAGUUUUGCCUGCAUGGUUGGAGAUAGCUCGAAUCUGGGAGACUUUCCGAAUCGGUGUUUUGAUACAGUCGUAGAUACCUUUGGCCUGUGCAGUUAUGACGAUCCCGUGACCGUCUUGAAGGAGAUGGGGCGAGUUUGCAAACCCGAUGGAAAAAUUUUGCUGCUCGAACACGGUCGGUCGAAAACUUGGAAUUUUAUAACGAAUUAUCUUGACAAGAAUGCCGAACGCCAUGCCAAGAACUGGGGUUGUGUGUGGAACCGGGACCUUGACAAGAUAAUAGAAGAGUCCGGCCUUGAGGUGGAAAACUUACAAAAUUGGCACUUCGGUACUACAUACUAUGUUGUGUGUCGCCCGAAGAUAGAUAAAUGAUAAGAUAUUGUACCGCACGUAGCACAUUCACCUCAUACUUUAUCGAGUCCCAAUUUCGUUUCUCUUCUUACAUUGAAACCGUUCUUUCAAGACAGAAUGGAACAAAAAACCUGGCAGAGCCGUGGAUCGAUUAUACCGGACGCAAAGUAGGUCAAAGCAAUAUAGCUGUUUCGUUUGU